UAAUUUGACAUUCAUUUGAUUAAACGAACGAACAAAUGAAUGAAGUUAUUCAUACGUAAUUUAUACGUAUCUAAGUCUAUGUAUAUUUUGUAUAUGAUUUUUGAAAAGAUUUGUUUUUCUCUUUUUUCACAAAAAUUACUGUCAUCAAUCAAUAAAUGCAUAAAUCCAUUCAACAAUGUGUCAAUCAUUUUUAUGAGUUUAAUUGAUAAUUUUUCUCCCCUGUAAGUAUGCACACAAUUAUCAUCGUAUAAAAGUUUAAUCAACAAGUAAAUCUAAUAUAUAAGUAGUACAUAGUGCUCGUACAUCGAAUACAUAGCAAUACCGAAUGUGUGCUACAAAUCGGCAUGCGUGAGAGCGAUAGAGGCAGUUGCAAUUCAAAUACCGUUGUGGUCACAUCAUAAAUUCAUUAGAAACUACGAAAUAUUCCAAAUACUCAAGCGAAAAAAAAAAUCGUAUUUCGAGAUCUUUUUGUGCAUAUCGAUAUUAAAUUUUGUGUGUGUGUGUGUGUGACGAAAAAGUUGUUUCAUAAAAUAUGCCGCCAAUGCCUCCGAUGCCACCAAACAUUACAUCCGAUGGUGAAUUGAGUUUUCAAAAAAGUCCAUUAAUUUUUUAUGUUAAUGGGAAAAAAGUUGUGGAAGAGAAUCCGGACCCAGAAUGUACUCUAUUGACGUAUUUGCGUGAAAAGCUUCGUUUAACCGGAUCAAAAUUGGGAUGUGGAGAAGGCGGUUGUGGAGCAUGUACGAUUAUGCUCUCAAAGGUGGUUAAUCGUGCAACCAACGAAUUGAAGCACGUAGCAGCGAAUGCAUGUUUGACACCGGUGUGUGCAGUGCACGGAAUGGCAGUGACAACGGUCGAAGGUAUCGGCAACACCAAAACUAAAUUGCAUCCAGCUCAAGAGCGUAUAGCUAAGGCGCACGGUUCACAAUGUGGCUUCUGUACACCGGGUAUCGUUAUGUCAAUGUACGCUUUGCUUAGAAGCAUUCCGAAACCGACAAUGAAAGAUAUGGAGAUCGCAUUUCAAGGCAAUUUGUGUCGUUGCACUGGUUAUCGACCGAUCAUUGAAGGCUACAAAACAUUUACGAAAGAGUUUGCAUGUGCCAUGGGCGAAAAAUGUUGUAAAAAUCAGAAUGGCACUUGUUCAAACGGUGAUGCCGAAGAGGACCGAGAUGAAUUAUUCUACAUCAGCCAAUGGGCACCGCAUGAUCCAAGCCAGGAACCCAUCUUUCCACCCGAAUUAAAAGUCUCAGACGUACUGGACAAGCGAUCAAUUGUAUUCUAUGGAAAACGAGUGAAUUGGUAUCGCCCAAACAAUAUAAACGAUUUAUUGGCAUUGAAACUGCAGCAUCCCAAUGCAAAAAUAAUCGUUGGAAACACGGAGGUUGGAGUUGAAGUGAAAUUCAAGCAUUUCCACUAUCCGGUCAUGAUUAUGCCGAAUCAAAUUCCAGAAAUGAACCGCAUUUCCAUUUUAACAGAUGGUGUUGAAUUUGGGGCUGCGGUCACAUUGAUGGACAUUGACAAUACAUUUGCAAAUCUCAUCGAUAAUUUACCCGAACACAAGACACGAUUGUUCAAGGCAUCAGUCAACAUGCUGCAUUAUUUUGCUGGCAAACAAAUUCGAAAUGUUGCUGCUCUUGGAGGUAACAUAAUGACUGGCAGUCCCAUUUCAGAUAUGAUACCGGUUUGUUCGGCAGCUGAAGUGAGACUUCGCGUUGAGAGUAUUUCCCGUGGAGUUCGCUAUGUAAAGAUGGGAGUUGGAUUCUUUACUGGCUAUCGUAGAAAUAUUAUUGAAACAGAUGAAGUGCUCGUUUCGAUUCUGUUUCCAUAUACGACUGAAGAUCAACAUUUUCUCGCUUACAAGCAAGCCAAGCGACGUGACGAUGAUAUUGCUAUUGUGAAUCUUGCAUUGAAUGUUGAGUUUGAGCCAGGUACUAACAAAGUUAAAAUGCUGAACAUGGCAUUCGGUGGAAUGGCCCCAACUGUGGCUAUGACACCAAAAACUUGUGCGGCUGCCGUCGGUGAGGUGUGGAACGAAGCACUCGUCGAGAAAAUUAACAAAGAAUUGAUGAAUGAGCUACCUUUAGCGCCAAAUGCUCCGGGUGGCAACAUUUUGUACCGUCGAUCUCUUACGUUGAGUCUCUUUUUCAAAGCCUAUUUGGAUAUAGCCCAGAAGCUUGAGCGUAAAUCCAUUGCAACUUCUGAUGUCCCAGAGAAUGAGCGAUCUGGUGCAGACAUAUUCCAUACAUUGAUUCCGAAGAACACACAACUUUACGAAAAAGUACCUGAUAAUCAACCGAAUCUCGAUCCAGUUGGUCGGCCAAAAGUACACAUGUCAGCAUUCAAGCAAACCACCGGUGAAGCCAUCUAUUUGGAUGACAUGCCAAAAUGGGAGAAUGAAUUGUACUUAUCGUUGGUGAUCAGCACUAAGGCACAUGCCAAAAUUUUAUCAAUUGAUCCGAGCGAAGCGUUGAAAAUACCGGGUGUGCAUCGGUUUUUCUGCGCCAAAGAUUUAACUGAUCAUGAAAAUGAAGUCGGACCCAUCUUUCACGAUGAAACAGUUUUUGUAAAAGAUAAAGUUUUCUCGCAAGGACAAAUUAUCGGAGCUAUUGUUGCCGAUGAUCAACCCACCGCACAGAGGGCUGCGAGAACGGUAAAGAUUCAAUAUGAAGAUCUGAGCCCAAUUAUUGUCACUAUUGAAGAUGCAAUCAAGCACAACUCGUACUUCGGAGAACCGAAGAAAAUGGAACGGGGUGAUUAUCGCAAGGCGUUCGCUGAAUCUGAUUUUGUGGUCGAAGGCGAGUGUCGAAUGGGAGGACAAGAGCAUUUUUAUUUAGAAACUCAUGCAGCAUUGGCCAUUCCACGUGAUGCUGAUGAAUUGGAAGUAUUUUGUUCAACCCAACAUCCGGGUGAAAUUCAGAAACUGGUGGCACACGUUUGUUCGAUGCCUCUGUCGAAAGUCGCAACAAGAACCAAACGAAUGGGUGGAGGAUUCGGUGGUAAAGAAUCACGUGGCAUGUUAAUCGCUUUGCCCGUUGCAUUAGCCGCACAUCGAAUGAAUCGGCCAAUUCGGUGUAUGCUUGAUAGAGAUGAGGAUAUGCAAAUAACUGGCACCAGACAUCCAUUCUACCAUAAGUACAAGGUGUCAUUUAAUAAAGAUGGCACAAUUACCGGUUGCAAAAUUAAAAUCUACCAAAAUGCAGGAUAUUCCAUUGAUUUGUCAUUCUCAGUGUUGGAACGAGCAAUGUUCCACUUUGAAAAUGCGUAUCACAUUCCGAACUCAUGUGUACUGGCUUGGUCUUGUAAAACUAAUCUGCCCUCAAACACUGCGUUCCGUGGCUUUGGCGGUCCACAAGGAAUGUAUGCCGGAGAGCAUAUCAUUCGUCAUGUGGCUGAAACAUUAGGAAGAGAUGUCAUUGAAAUCGUCGAGAAAAAUCUAUACGAAAGCAAUCAAAUAACGCAUUACAAUCAAUUGUUGACGAAUGUCACGGUAGAUAGAUGCUGGUAUGAGUGCAAAGAACAGGCUGAAUUCGAGAAACGUAGGGCAGAAAUUGAAGAAUUCAACCAUCAACAUCGCUGGAGAAAGCGUGGAAUUGCAAUGGUUCCCACCAAAUUCGGCAUUGCAUUUACUGCACUCUUUUUGAACCAGGCGGGCGCUUUGAUUCACAUCUAUCAAGAUGGCUCGGUGUUAUUAUCGCACGGAGGUACGGAGAUGGGUCAGGGUUUGCAUACUAAAAUGAUACAGUGUGCUUCUCGAGCGUUGGGUGUUGAUGCGGAACGUAUUCACAUUGCUGAAACUGGAACGGACAAAGUACCGAACACCUCGGCAACAGCAGCCUCAUCUGGAUCUGAUUUGAAUGGAAUGGCUGUAUUGGAUGCUUGUGCAAAGUUGAAUGAGCGUCUAGCGCCAAUCAAAGAAAAAUACCCUAACGAAAGUUGGAACCAAUGGAUAACAAAAGCUUAUUUCGGCCGGAUUUCACUUUCGGCCACUGGUUUUCAUGCAACGCCUGACAUUGGAUAUGAUAUUAAUACAAACCAAGGGAUGGCUUUUAAUUACUUUACAUACGGUGCUGCAUGUGCUGAAGUGGAAAUCGACUGCUUAACUGGUGAUCAUCAAGUCAUUCGUACCGACAUUGUCAUGGAUUUGGGAUCGAGUUUGAAUCCAGCUAUCGAUAUUGGACAAAUCGAAGGUGGUUUUAUGCAAGGAUACGGUUUAUUCACACUCGAAGAAAUGGUUUAUUCACCGACUGGAAUUGUUUUCUCACGUGGACCUGGUGUGUACAAGAUUCCUGGUUUUGCUGACAUUCCUGGUGAAUUCAAUGUGUCACUGUUGAAAGGAGCACCAAAUCCAAGAGCUGUAUAUUCUUCAAAAGCCGUCGGUGAACCGCCCCUGUUUUUGGCCUCGUCCAUUUUCUUUGCCAUAAGAGAAGCUAUUAAAUCCGCCCGAAAAGAUGAAGGUCUGAAUGAAAGAGUUGAGUUAGUUUCACCCGCAAGUUCAGCAAGAAUUAGAAUGGCAUGCCAAGAUCGUUUUACAAGAAAGGUGCAAAUCAAGUCGAUUAUCACUUACUUCGUUGUUAUAAUUUUUCAAUAUUUUGAGAGAAAUAAAAAAUCUGUCUAUUUUUAGUUCCCAGAACCUGAGCCGGACAGCUUUGUACCAUGGAACGUGAUGGCUUAAAAGUCAAAUGCCGUGCAUUAUGACUUUGAAUUUCAAAAAAAUACGUAAAUCGACGAAUGAAUAUUUUUAGAAUGAAAUUGACUUGAUAGAAUAGAAAAUGAAAUAAAAAUGAUUUGAUCAAUAAAGAAAAAACAGACAAAUUGUAGCAAAA